AUUUCCAAUCGCCCACCAAAAGUAACGGCCUCUCUCCCGAACCCCAAUGCUCUAUUUAUUCCCAAUUCCACCCCUAAUUUCUCCCUUCGUUGUCCUCUCUUUAUCCGAACUCUUCGACGCUCUCCAGAAACGAGAAAGGGGAGGAAAAAAAAGGGAAGGAAGAGAUGGCGGGAAAAGGAGGAAAGGGUCUUCUGGCGGCGAAGACGACUGCGGCGAACAAGGACAAGGACAAGAAGAAACCUGUCUCCCGGUCAUCGCGAGCUGGUCUGCAGUUCCCUGUUGGUCGGAUCCACCGGCAGCUGAAGUCAAGGAUUGCAGCAAAUGGUCGUGUCGGAGCCACUGCAGCUGUGUACUCAGCAGCAAUACUAGAGUAUCUCACGGCAGAGGUUCUGGAGCUUGCAGGGAAUGCAAGCAAGGAUCUUAAAGUGAAGCGUAUCACCCCACGUCACCUUCAGCUUGCCAUCCGAGGAGAUGAGGAGCUUGAUACCCUCAUCAAGGGCACUAUUGCAGGCGGUGGUGUGAUUCCCCAUAUUCACAAGUCCCUCAUCAACAAGUCUUCGAAGGAAUGAGCAUGCAAAGUUAGCUUUAUAUAUAGAAAUUUGUUACUGGUGUAUGUCAGAUGUGUGGUAUUUAAUUCUAAUUGUGAACCUGUAGGUUUAAGCGAAAAUUUGUUACCGGUAGUGGCCAUGUAUGUCAUCUUACUUAGAUGUGUGGUUUUUAAUUCUAUUUGUGAACUUGUAGGUUUAAGUCAGAACAAGGUUAAACUUUGAACUAGUUUCCCUGGCUUCUGGAUUCUUCAUGAGUUGCUUUGGACUUCCUGUUUGUUAA